AUGGUGGAAACACUUUUUGAAGAUAUCUUCCGAGUCGAUGCAUUAAACCCAGAUGGCAAGAAGUUUGAUAAGGUCUCCCGCAUUUCUGCUAGAAGUGAGCAGUUCGAUAUGGUCAUGCACCUUGAUAUCAAUACUGAGAUCUAUCCCAUGCAUGUUGGAGAGAAGUUCAUGAUGGUAUUAGCGUCCACUCUAAACUUGGAUGGAACACCCGACAGUGGUUACUAUACCCCGGGAAACAAGAAAUCACUUGCCGAUAAGUUUGACUAUGUCAUGCAAGGUAAACUGUACCGAAUCUCAGAGGAAUCAAGAGAGAAGCAAGUUAAAGCGGAUAUAUACGUUUCGUUUGGUGGGCUGUUGAUGAUGCUUAAGGGCGACCCCUCCAUUGCCGCUAGAUUUGAGCUUGACCAGAAGUUGUUCAUACUCAUUAGGAAGGUUUGA